ACGGCCGACAGUCACCACAAUCACUGUGAUCGUUCACGAAGUUCGAACCUGGAGACGCGUCGGUGAUACACAAGUCCUCGAUACGUUUCCACCGAAUUUCAGUGAACCGAGUUCAAGGGAGAAACAGAUACGGAGAACAGUCGCGAGAAACGUGUCCGAACCAUUCGGUGUGACAAUAUCAAGGACACCGAGCGACAAGUGUGACGAUAAUAGACCCGCGAUAAGUGAAGUUUCCUUGUUGUAACCGGUGUGUGAAGAACGUAUAAUUCCCAUCGAUCGACCAGGAUUUUAACCGCCAUGCAGAUGCACGAGCAAAUCAUGAUGGUCGACGGACAGGAGCAACCGAUCUCCAGGACUUAUCAGUACAGAAAGGUGAUGAAACCUAUGUUGGAACGCAAACGCCGAGCGCGCAUCAACCGGUGCCUCGAUGAACUGAAGGACCUGAUGGUGACGGCUCUGGCGGGCGAUGGCGAGAACGUGGCGAAGUUGGAGAAGGCUGAUAUCCUGGAGUUGACCGUGCGUCAUCUCCACAAGUUACAACGGCAGCAACGACUCUCCGCGAACCCGGUGAUCGACGCGGACCGCUUCAGAGCCGGCUACACGCAUUGCGCCAACGAAGUCAGCCGCUGCCUGGCCGCCACGCCGGGCGUGGACGUCGCCCUCGGCACCAAACUGAUGACCCAUUUGGGCCACAAACUGAACGCCAUGGACAAAACUGGCCCGUUGACCAUCCACGUGGCAGCACCACAAUCAUCCCCGUCCUCGAGCAGUGACCUCAGCUCCGACGAGUACUCUAUGCCCCUGACGCCGGCCUCCAGCCAGCCCUCGCCGGUGCGAACGGAGAUCGAGACCAUGUCCCAAGGACACCAAGGCCUCCUGCAGGUCGCCAAACCCAACGAGCCAAUCUGGAGACCGUGGUAAUCGGAGCGAGGUCGACAUCGACGGCCGACGGGUGUCAUCCGGUGUGAACCGGAGAGGGCUGAAGAGGAUCUUUCGCGUCGCCCGGGUGAAUAUCGCUCGGGAGGAACAUCAACUGCGCGGGACACCGCUACCGGUGUUGCAAUUUUGUCUGUGAUUCGAGCGAACGACUUCGCGCUCCCUCGACGGAGGGAAUCAUCGAUUCUGAGAAGAAUCGUCCAUCAACGAAGAGGAUUAGUUUUUAAUAACGCCUACGGGGUGUGCAAAUACGGACUCGUGAUCCGAAGAGGAAAAUAGACUUAAGAUUCUCCUUCUUUUCUCUCUGUUUUCUUCAGUUUAUAAUUUGCUCAAAACCGCUCGGAGUGAAAUACCGUGGGGGGUGAACAAUGUAAGGGGGAAAGUUAAUACGGUAUAAAAUUAUUUCCUGUAACGUCGUCCGUUAGGAUGUUAGGGAUCCGGUUAGGAUCGAACGGUAUAGUUUGUAGGCAAUCGGAAACUUAGGAUCUCGAUGUAGACUCGCGGAUACACUCGCGUAGCAGCGACACGGCUGAAGCUUUAAUUCAAUCGACAGAUAUAUUCUAUUCUUUAGUUCGUAACUUUUUUUAUCGAGAAUUUUAUUUUGCCAAUUUCGGUGCGAGACGGUCCAUCGGCGAUCGGGCGCGUUUUCUCGCUUCGAUCGGCGUAGGAAUAGAGAGAAAAAGUCGUCGACGCGCCGGAAAUUGUUGUUAUAAUGUACAUAUAACCUCCUCGGUCAGCUGUAUCAGUUUUACACAUUCGAAUAAUUUGUGAUCCCGUCGACGCCGCUGGUAUCGACGGGAAUGACGAUCGGGCAGAGGUUCUUGUGAUAGAGAAACGUGUACCUGUGAUAUUUACUAG